AUUGCUGUGCCAUAACAAAAUCAAUUCAUUUCCAUGGUGCAGUGAGUCAGUGGAAUUGUAUUGGUAGCUUAAUACAGAGAAAUGGAAAGAGGAAGGUGUAGGGAGAGAGAGAGAGACAGGAAGAGAUUUAUUUGAAUGAGUGAAAGGAUAGUGAUUAUGAAACAUUGGCAUCAGCAGCCCCCAGCUCCCCAGUCAUCAAUAGCUAUGAGUCGCUCUGCAUCCCUCUACUCUUCUCCUACACCCCUCCCACUUUCCCCCUCCCCAAGACACACACACACUCUUCCCUGCACAGAGUCGGCAGUGGCUGCUCAAGCAGUAGGAGCGUACACUGUUUAAUGCUCCCUGCAUCACUGAACCUAAAGGAUAGAAGAAGAGACAGAUCCUCCUAACAGUCCAUCCUCCAGAGAAGAGAGAGAGAUGCAGGACAAAACCAGGGGACAAAACAGCCUCAGAAGGUAAGGAGGGAAAAGGAAGAGAGCGUUAAAAACAGUGAAUGAGCGACAACCGGUCAAACCCAGGAAAAUCCCUCAUCAGCAUUGCAGCAGCCACUCCAGUGUUUCAGGAGACAAAGGCAGGAGCUCAGCCUGGGUUGGGGACCACAGAGGAGAGGAGAGACUGGAAUGCAAAGAUGAGGAAAAGGCGUGUGCUACUGAUGCCCCACAGUGGCCCUCCUCACUGUGUGGCCAUGCUAUGGCUGUUGAUGCUGCUGUGUCUCCAGGCCCUGGCUGUCUGCCCCCCCAUGUGUACCUGUAACCGCAGCCACAGAGAGGUGGACUGUUCCUGGAGGGGCCUGAGGACGCUGCCCCUGGGCCUGCAGCACAACCUGCACUCCCUCAACCUGUCUCACAACCGUAUCCAUGACCUGGAUGGCCAGCUGAGUACCUUCGCCCACCUCCGCACCCUGGACCUGUCCCACAACAGGCUGGUCCGCCUGCCCACCGCCCUGCCAAAGGCACUGUGGGAGCUCCACGCUGCAGCCAACCACAUCCACCUACUGGACAAGAAUGACACGGCCUACCAGUGGAACCUGCGGGUCCUAGACCUGUCCAACAACAAGCUGGAGCGGGCCGUGUUCAUCAAUAACACCCUGACCAGCCUACGCCUGCUCAACUUCAGCAACAACCACUUCUGGACCGUGCCCACCAACAUGCCAGCCAGCUUGGAGACCGUAGACCUGUCCCACAACUCCCUGGUGCAGAUCCUGCCUGGCACUCUGAACCGGAUGUCCAGGCUGACCACCUUCUACCUGCACUCCAAUCGCUUCUCCUCUGUGGGCCCGGAGGCCUUCAGUCAGCUGGGCAGCCUGAGCCUCCUCUCCCUGGGGGACAACCCCUGGGCCUGUGAGCACCAGACCAACAUCACCCACCUGCUGGCCUGGCUCCAGCACACGUCCACCCGCGUGCUUGGCUGCCCCUGCCACACUCACCCUGUCUGUGGAGAGCCCCAUCCGGCCAGGACUGGAGGAUGGCACUUUGCCUCCUACACUCAGCCUCCCCUGGCUGCUGGUACUCAGGAGGAGAGGAGCCACCCUCCUCCCCCAGAGGCCCUCACCAGGUGGCCUUGGUACCUGUCCGAGUCUGCCCUGCUCAACACCCAGCUCCACACCAGGAGAGCCCCAGGACGCCCCAGUGGACCAGAGAACAACCUCUUCACAGACCACGACCCGUUCACUUCAACCCCUCUGGCCAUUUCCACCCUGCCCACUGACAGGUCCCACACCGAAAGCAGCACGUCAACCACAGACGACACCUUCAUGACAGACACAACCUUUACUACUGACAGCAUCUACACUACAGAUACAGCCUUCACCACUAACAACCCCUCUACCAUCCCAAGGAGAACGGCCACCCUCCGCACCAGGAGUGUCAAGAGGGUCAACCAGGGUGGCUCCCCGGACCACAACACCAGCCCAGCCCCCAGCGCCAGGUCAACACUCCCACUAGUACUGAACCUGUGGCUCCUCCUGACUCUCACCCUGUACGUUCUCUGAAAGUUAAAUUCAAAUGUCUGGAGUUAAUGUCCUUGUCAGUCUAUUGGACAACUGCACAAACAUACACGAAUGAGUGUCAUUAAACCAACAUUCUGUUUUCUUACCAUUCUGAAUACUGUGUCAAACACUUACACAUCUCUCAAACUAAUCAAUAACAUAUGACAUGCACAGGUAGCAUCGAUGUACAUUUUACACUAUCAGUCUACCACCGUACACAUCAUUAUUGGGAUGUUGAAAAAAAAAGUUUUGGUAUUCACUAUCUGCAUAACUCUGUUUUCAUCGUUAACUUUUAAUAGUUCCUUAAUGGCCCUUACUUCACCUCCGAGAUGUGUUUGCCUGUUUCUUGACUAUUAAACAGAGUUAUUUCCAAACAUUCUAUAGGCUAUGACCUUGACUCAGCAGCAGGUGGCACCAUACUGUACCUUUGUUUCUAUUGGCACCACAGUGUGUGUGUGUGUGUGUGUGUGUGUGUGUGUGUGUGAGAGAGAGAGAAUGUCUAUGGGCUGUAGAUGAGUGGAUCUCAGGUAGAGACAGCAUUGUGAAUUUCAAUUGGAAAGGCUCAACAAAAAUACUGGCCAUCCCCCUUUGAGGUUCACUGCCAAUGGUCAACUAUAAUGGUGUCAUUAGCCAGGUACAAUAAAACCCCUCAUCCCAAACUGUUGGCUCUUCUACAAUCGUCACCACUGCAGGUGAGAGGGUUUACUUUGUUCACAAACCACUGCAGGGGAGAGGGUUUACUUUGUUCAUAAACCACUGCAGGGGAGAGGGUUUACUUUGUUCACAAACCACUGCAGGGGAGAGGGUUUACUUUGUUCACAAACCACUGCAGGGGAGAGGGUUUACUUUGUUCACAAACCACUGCAGGGGAGAGGGUUUACUUUGUUCACAAACCACUGCAGGGGAGAGGGUUUACUUUGUUCACAAACCACUGCAGGGGAGAGGGUUUACUUUGUUCAUAAACCACUGCAGGUGAGAGGGUUUACUUUGUUCACAAACCACAACCAUCCUAUGCCACACAGGUACAAAAAAAAAGACUACAUACAGUGCCUUCAGAAAGUAUUCAUACCCCUUGACUUAUUCCACACUUUGUUGCGUUGCACCCUGAAUUCAAAAUGGAUUCGAUAUCCCAUAAUGACAAAUUGAAAACGUGUUUUUAGAAAUAGUUGCAAAUUUAUUGAAAAUGAAAUACAGAAAUCUCAUUUACAUGAGUAUUCACACUACUGUGAGAGGGUUUACUUUGUUCACAAACCACUGCAGGUGAGAGGGUUUGUAAAAGCAGUCUUUCUGUGUAAAUCUCUAAGAGCUUUCCACACCUGGAAGUGCAACCUUUGCCCAUUAUUCUUUUCAAAACAUUCUUCAAGCUCUGUGAAAUUGGUUGUUGAUCCUUUCUAGACAACCACUUUCAGGUCUUGCCACAGAUUUUCAAGCAGAUUUAAGUCAAAACUGUAACUCCAACACUCAGGAAGAUUCACGGUCUUCUUGAUAAGCAACUCCAGUAUAGAGUUGGCGUUGGGUUUUAGGUUAUUGUCCUGCUGAAAGGUUAAUGCAUCUCCCAAUGUCUCGUGGAAUUCAGUAAUUUUUUUUAUCCUGAAAAACUCCAGUCCUUUAUUUCAAGCAUUUACAUUUAUUUAACCAG